AUGAAUAAUCUUCCAAUUUUAUUUAUGUUUUCUCUUUUAGCUUGUCUCAAUCAUGCCAUUGAACUCGAUUUUUGUGUGGGAGAUCUUAGUCUCCCCAGGGGACCUGAGGGAUACGCUUGUAAAGAUCCAACUAAUGUUACCGCAGAUGACUUUGUUUACACUGGAUUUCGCGGUGAAAAAGUCACCUCAAGUGUUUUUAAGAACAACAUUACACUAGCGUUUGUGGAAGCAUUCCCAGCGUUAAAUGGUUUAGGAAUUUCUUUGGCGAGGUUAGAUUUAGGCGUGGGUGGAGUUAUCCCAGUUCAUUCUCACCGAACAUCAGAAAUUAUAAUUGUUGUAAAAGGGACAAUUAUUGCAGGGUUUAUGGACCAAAACAACACCGCGUACUAUAAACAGUUAGAGGUUGGCGAUGUCAUGAUAUUCCCAACAGCUAUGCUUCAUUUCCAGGUAAAUGCUGGUUCUACUCCAGCUCUUGCAUUUGUUAGCUUGAAUAGUGAAAAUCCAGCAGUUCAACUCACUACAUUCUCCUUGUUUGGUGGGAAUUUACCUGCUGAGAUAGCUCAGCAAAUUACUUACCUAAAAGGAAAGAAAGCGAAAUUGACAUGGAAGAAUCUCGAGAAAGAUAUUGAUUUGAUUGAAUUUGAUUUGGCUUUUGAACAUCUAUCUGGGAUCAUCCAAUAUCGCCUUAUGAAAUUGGUUAAAUUGCUUGAAAUCAAAAGGAACUCUGUAUCAGCUGUCAACAUGGGCUGCACUUUGGAUCUUGAAUUUAUUGCAUCGCAAGCUCGUAAUGCAGAGUAUAAUCCAUCGGUAGAUUCUUAG